AUGGACAGGAUUUUCGCCACCUUGACACUCUCCUUGCUGCUUCUCCUCCAGAGCUGUGGAGUCUGGGGGGCACCUCCUCAGCCCAGAGGCACCCUGUGCAGAACCAAACCCACCGACCUGGUGUUCAUCAUUGACAGCUCUCGGAGCGUGCGCCCGCAGGAGUUCGAGAAGGUCAAAGUCUUCCUGUCGCGCGUGAUCGAGGGGCUGGACGUGGGCCCCAACUCCACGCGGGUCGGGGUCAUCAAUUAUGCCAGCGCAGUCAAGAAUGAGUUCUCCCUCAAGACUCACCAAACCAAGGCCGGGCUCCUGCAGGCGGUCCGCAGGAUAGAGCCACUCUCCACAGGGACCAUGACCGGCCUGGCCAUCCAGUUUGCCAUCAGCCGGGCCUUCAGUGACGCAGAAGGGGCCAGGCUCAGAUCUCCCAAUAUUAAUAAGGUGGCAAUUGUUGUGACUGACGGACGUCCCCAGGACAGAGUGCAGGACGUGUCAGCGAGGGCCAGGCAGGCUGGCAUUGAGAUCUUUGCCAUCGGGGUUGGCCGGGUGGACAUGCACACGCUGCGGCAAAUCGCAAGCGAGCCCCUGGACGACCACGUGGACUACGUGGAGAGCUACAGUGUCAUAGAGAAGCUGACCCACAAGUUUCAAGAAGCGUUCUGUGUGGUGUCAGACCUGUGUGCCACUGGUGACCACGACUGUGAGCAGAUCUGUAUCAGCACCCCGGGAUCGUACAAGUGUGCUUGUAGAGAGGGCUUCACGCUGAACAAUGAUGGGAAGACCUGCAGUGCUUGCAGUGGUGGGUCAGGAUCUGCCCUGGAUCUCGUUUUCCUGAUUGAUGGCUCCAAGAGCGUUCGGCCUGAGAACUUUGAGCUGGUGAAGAAAUUCAUCAACCAAAUUGUGGAAUCCUUGGAGGUGUCAGAGAAGCAGGCCCAGGUUGGCCUGGUUCAGUACUCCAGCUCUGUCAGGCAGGAGUUUCCUCUGGGACAGUUCAAGAACAAGAAGGACAUCAAAGCAGCAGUCAAGAAAAUGGCCUACAUGGAGAAAGGCACCAUGACGGGCCAGGCUCUGAAGUACCUGGUGGACAGUUCCUUCUCCAUUGCUAAUGGAGCCAGGCCUGGCGUUCCCAAGGUGGGCAUCGUCUUCACAGACGGACGGUCACAAGAUUACAUCACCGACGCUGCUAAGAAAGCCAAAGAUUUAGGCUUUAGGAUGUUUGCUGUGGGAGUUGGUAACGCAGUGGAGGACGAGCUGAGGGAAAUUGCUUCCGAACCAGUAGCUGAGCACUACUUCUACACAGCCGACUUCAGAACCAUCAGCAACAUUGGGAAGAAGCUGCAAAUGAAAAUCUGCGUUGAGGAAGAUCCAUGCGAAUGUAAAUCUAUUGUGAAGUUCCAGGCAAAAGUAGAAGAACUCAUCGAUACAUUGCAACGGAAAUUGGAAGCUGUGGCAAAAAGGAUUGAAGCCCUGGAGAAUAAGAUCAUCUAA